UGGAUGCGGGUGUUGAGCUGGGCUGGGAUUAGCGAAGGCGAAUGAGUUUCAAUUUUACUGGAUUACAGAACAAAGAACAGGGGGGAAAGGGGACACUGUCCCUGCGUUAAAGACGCGAAAAAAGGGGACAAGGGAAAAAAAACAAGGAAAAUCUCGCCGUAAUCUCACCGAAACCGAAGACGAAACCAUGCUCCAGAUUAUGCGGUUGGGUGAAGUCCGUGUGCCGUUGCUUUAGACGGGAAUUCCGCCCUGCACUAUUGGAUUAAAUACCGGGAAUAAUAACAACAAAAAAAGAUAACAACCCAGUCUGGGAUUGAGAAGAGCCAUGGCACAGCUGCGGAAGCUGGGCUGUGACGGGAUGAGGCUGAACCCUCGUGCCGAGCUCCGCGGGCCACAGACGUCUGCCAGACAUGAAAUCCUGACCAGCUUAGUGUCGGCGCUGGACUCUGUGUGCACCGCAAUGUCUAAACUGAACGCCGAGGUGGCCUGCGUCACCGUACACGAGGAUAGCGUGAUCGCCGUCGGGACGGAAAAGGGGAGAAUUUUCCUCAAUUCCAGGAAGGAAAUCCAGACAGACUUUCACAAAUUCUGCAGGGUGUCCUGUCUACAAGCACUAAAUUCAAUCAGCUCCCACACCAAAGUUCCAGAUACAGAAAGCAGCCGGACUGGUAAAGACGGUUUACCGUCUGCAAAACAGCAGCGCAACUUAACAGACGCUCACUCCAAUAUCUUUGUCUUAAGGAAGAUGGUGGAAGAAGUCUUCAGCGUGCUUUAUAGUGAGGCUGUAGGAAAGAGCAGCCUGGUCCCCGUGCCUUAUGAGUGGAUUCAGAAGGAGCCCAGUGCUGUGAUCAUUCAUGGCCUCCCAGAAGGCGUGACCCUCAGGAGACCGGCCGAAUACGACACCAAGACCUUAAUGAAGAUCCUGGAGCAGAGCAACCGCAUUCGCUUCAUCGUCAAACGAAUGCCAGACGAAGCCCCGCGCGAUGCUAAAUCCUGUCCGGAAAACAACCACCACCCCUCCCCUGCUGCUAAGAGUGCCAGCAACCACACGCCUGUUAAAACCCCCACACAGGAAGUGCCUGCUAGCAGCUCUAUGCUCUCCAGCUUCCUGUAUGGUAUGUCCGUGCCUUCCCAAUCGCACCCGGACGCUAAGGGUGAUGCGAAGCCCUCCGUGAUGCACGGUCUAGUAAAGGAACGACUGGCACCGUGGGCACCGAGCGACGAGAAGGCGGUCGCCCCCAAAGAGGCUCCUGACAACGGUGAGCGGUUAGCACUCGCAGGAGACGUGGCACAGAGCCCUCCAAGCAUCCACAUCUCCAAACGCCUACUCUUCUCUAUAGUGCAUGAGAAAUCAGAAAAAUGGGACGCGUUUAUCAGAGAGACGGAGGACAUCAACACGCUGCGGGAGUGCGUGCAGAUCCUGUUUAACAGCCGUUAUGCUGAAGCGUUGGGUUUGGAUCACAUGGUCCCAGUGCCGUACAGGAAGAUCGCCUGCGAUCCGGAAGCGGUCGAGAUCAUCGGAAUACCGGACAACAUUCCCUUUAAGAGGCCGUGCACCUACGGCGUACCAAAAUUAAAACGCAUUUUGGAAGAGAGACACGGCGUACGGUUUGUCGUGAGAAGGAUGUUCGAUGAGCGGAUCUUCACCGCCGCAGGAAAAUUAGCUAAAGAGGAAAGCAGGGGGGAUGGCUCCUCCCCCGAAGACGGCUUCCCAGACGGGCUUAGGGUGCCGAGCUCCGGCCUCGAGCUGCUCACCAACACGCACAGCAGCAGAUCCACCAGCUCCUGCGUCAGUCCCUUGGCAGACUGCGAAGCAGGGCCUUCGGGAGACUGCGUUUCUUUAAAAAAGGUCAAAACCGAGCCGCCAGAUGGAGAUAUCAUUCAGGUCACUGUACCAGUCACCAGCACAGAAACAGUGGCAGAAAUAUCAAAGAACACAGCAGCCUCGGAGGAGCCGUGCGAGCCUCAGGUUGAACUUGUGACCCCUGAUCUUCGGCGCCCCCUGGAGCCUCUCGCAGUGGAAGAGUUGGCGCAGAAGUCCGCGCCCCAAGGGCUCAAGAGAGUUGUCGAAGAAGACAUCGGAGAGAUGAUUCUGCAGCUGCGGAAGCAAGUCGAGAGUUUCUUCAGCAUCAAAUACGCGGAGGCUCUUGGACUGCCUGAGCCAGUGAAGGUGCCCUACUCGAAGUUCCAGAUGUAUCCCGAGGACCUGUACCUCACAGGACUUCCAGAAGGGAUCACAUUCCGGAGACCCAAUUGCUUCGGAGCAGCCAAAUUACGAAAGAUUCUCAGUGCCAGCAACCAGAUCCAGUUUGUAAUCAAAAGGCCAGAUUUGCUAACUGAACCCCAACUCAAGCAGGAGCCUCCAUCUCAGUCGCCCUGUGGUCCAGGCGAAUGCGAGCCCAAAGACAACCUCGCAGAAGACCCUGGACCUGCUUCCAAAAGACCUGGAUUCCUAGACAGCUUAGAGGCCAAACUGUCUCGCAUCGACUUGGCCAACACGCUGAGGGAGCAGGUCCAGGAUCUGUUCAACAGGAAGUACGGCGAGGCACUGGGCAUCAAGUAUCCCGUGCAAGUGCCUUACAAGAGGAUCAAGAGCAACCCCGGAUCGGUGAUCAUCGAGGGCUUGCCGCCGGGAAUCCCCUUCCGGAAACCUUGCACGUUCGGUUCACAGAACCUAGAGAGGAUACUGGCGGUGGCUGAUAAGAUCUCCUUCACCAUUAUGAGGCCUUUCCAAGGACUUAUCCCCAAACCAGCACCCAGAAGAAUCACCUUAUUAAAGAAAGCGUACUCCUCGAUAAGCGCAGAAGAGGAAGACAUCAAUCGCAUGGGUGAAAAAGUCAUAUUGAGGGAACAAGUCAAGGAGCUGUUCAAUAAGAAAUACGGAGAAGCUCUGGGUCUGGAUCGGCCCGUCGUGGUCCCGUACAAGCUGAUCCGAGCCAGUCCCGACUCUCUGGAGGUGUCCGGUCUUCCAGAAGACGUCCCCUUCAGAAACCCCAACACGUAUGACAUCAUCCGGUUGGAGAAGAUCCUCCAGGCUCGCGACGACAUAACGAUCAACAUCAAAACACCGCUGCAGCCUUUCGUACAGCUUUGUCCACAGACUUCCAGUUCAGAAGGAAAUGAAGUGGCGGUCAACCGACGCAAACGGAAACGAGUGCCGGAUAACAGUUUAAACGCGCCGCCUUUGGGAGCCGACCCUGCCAAUUCGACCAAUCAGAUUCCAGUCAUGCAAUGGCCCAUGUACAUGGUGGACUAUAGUGGCGUGAACGUCCAAGUUCCAGGGAAGGUGAAAUACUAGCCCUCUGAAGAAAGGCCACCCGGUUUCAACUCAGCUGGAGCACAGCUGGAAGCUCCGAUCGCCCCAUAUACCCGAACUCGCUCACGGAAGCUGGAAAUCGUGAACUCCUUAAGCGUGACGACGGAAACAGAACCGAGGAGACGCUCUUCCUGCCGUUUCCAAGCAGCAUUGUUAUUAUUUUUUUUGCGCAAAAUCGCACCGAUCGUCACUUCCCGAUUAGUCCCGUGCGCCGUUUCUCAUCCCAAAGGAGCGUUUUCAUGUUGUAACGAGUCGUGAGGGCAAUCGUUAUCAAACACAGGUGCUGCUGGGUAACGAUUGGGAUGGAGAACCCAAACUGGUGCUGAACACGUGUGUAACUCCACACUACAAAACUGUAGUAUCUGGCUUUGACUCGUAGCUAAAUGUUGUAUUAUUUAUUUAUUUAUUUAUAACAAUAAUAAGGAGAAAAGAAAUGCGGUAAAAAGGAAUUUGAAUACGCAGGGAAUGUGCGCUGUUCAGUACAAAAAGUGCUGAAUUUCCAUGACUGAUGACACUAAAACAGGUUAGUUACUGUAUGUACACACAGAGAGCUUUUUUAUUUUGUAUUAUAUAUUUUUUCUUUUUUUUUUUCUCCACUUUCUUCCCUGAUUCUGUUGAGUUGGACUACUCUAACAUGAUAGCACUAACAUAUUUCAAUGAAAGGCGUUUUUUUAUAUUAUUAUUAUUAUUAUUAUUAUUAUUAUUAUUAUUAUUAUUAUAGCCUUGUAAGUUACCCCUGUUCUCAUGGAUCAUGCAGGAUGAUCCUUCACAGAGGAACAAAAACACACACACACAUCAUGAAUGUAUUGUAUGUAAAGGAAAGACUGGUUAUAAUGUUAUUCAUUAUGGGACUCUCUCUGGAAUCACCAGUAUUUAUAUGCUGUACUUUAAUGCCAUUUAGGCCUUUUAAAUAAAAAUGUGUUGCCUUGCGUCCACUGCA